CAGCCGGAAGAUUCGGAGGCCUGCGGAGCCCGGGUAUCAGGUUGGGAGGCAGGCUGGGGGCGGGCGAGCCUGGGCGGCGGGGAGGGGGAUGUGGCAGGGCUCGGGGCUGGGGGCGGGCACGGCCGUGCUGCUGCUGCUGUCAGUUGCGCUGCUCCUGCCUCACCUGCACCUGGAAGGUCCGGAGGAGGAGCCGCCCGGCUCCAGCAUGGCAGACACAGGCACCUUGCCAAAGUUGCGGGAAGACUUCAGGAUGCAGAAUAAAUCUGUGUUCAUUCUGGGGGCCUCAGGAGAAACUGGCCAAGUGCUCCUUCGGGAAAUUCUGAAAGAGAAUCUGUUUUCUAAAGUCACCCUCAUUGGACGCAGGAAAAUAGAGUUUGAAGAGGAAGCUUAUAAGCAUGUGAAUCAAGAAGUCGUUGAUUUUGAAAAGCUUGAUGAAUAUUCUUCGGCUUUCCAAGGCCAUGAUGUUGGAUUUUGUUGCCUGGGAACUACCAGAAGUAAAGCUGGUGCGGAUGGAUUUGUUCGUGUUGACCGGGAUUAUGUGUUAAAGUCUGCAGAGCUGGCAAAAGCUGGAGGUUGCAAACAUUUCAACUUACUUUCAUCUAAAGGAGCUGAUAAAGCAAGCAGUUUUUUGUAUUUACAAGUUAAGGGUGAAGUAGAAGCCAAAGUUGAAGAAUUCAACUUUGAUCGAUACACAAUUUUUAGGCCUGCGGUCCUAUUAUGUAACAGAAAAGAGUCCCGCCCAGCUGAGUGGUUGGCCAGAAAAUUCUUUAGCUCACUACCAACCUCUUGGUCCAAAGAUCAUUCCGUACCUAUUACAACUGUUGUCAGAGCAAUGCUUAAUAACCUAGUAAUGCCAAGUGACAAGAAGAUGGAGUUGCUGGAUAACCAGGCUAUCCAUAACCUUGGGAAAGCAGAAGAUGUUGACAAGCCAUGACCACAAUGGGGAAAAAUUUUGCCUUUUCUUCUUAAAUGCCUUUGAUUCUCGUGUAAUAACCAGGUUGACAUUGUCAUUACGAAUAUAAAACAAUAUAAUUUACAUAUAUAACAUGACAUAUAAUAACAUAGUAAUUUGAAGGCUGUUGGUGGAAUAGUUGGUAGAAUACUGGAUUUGGAGACCAGAAAACAUGAGUUUAAUAGACACCAGCUAGGUCAUUCUGGCAAAAAUCUCUUAAAUACCUCUCAGCCCUGGAUUCUUCAUCUAUAAUGAUUAUUAUUAAAAAAAACUAAUAAGAUUGAUAUGAAGAUCAAAUGAGAUAAUAUAUAUAUAAAAAAUAUUUAUGUAUGAAGUUAUUUGCAAAUCUGAAAACACUAGUUACUUAUUAGCUGUAUUGUUUACCUGAAAAAAAAUUACUUUAUUUCAGUAGUUCCCAACUUUGUUUUUUAAGGCAAUCAGGGAUAAGUGACUUGACCAGAAUCACAUACCUAGUAACUGCCAAGUAUCUGACUAAGGUCCACCUGACUCCAGGGCUGGUGCUGUAUCUAAUUGUGCCACCUAGUUGCCUCUCAACAUUUUUUGGAGGCAAUCAGUUACCCAACUUUUUUAAAUGUCAUAUUUCAUGGAUGUAACCACCCACAUAUUAUCCUUGUGGCAUCUGCUAUUGAGAAAAUAUCUAAUAAAAAAACUACUAUGAAUUCAGUGAUACUUCUAAACGAUUUUAUAUUUUUAUUAACAACAUCUAUAUAGUUUUCUUUUAAAAUAGCGAUUUAUAUGUGUGUGAAAUAUUUGAUCUAUGAAAGGUAGGUUUACUUAUUUAUAGCUCUGCAUAUUAAUUCAUUUCCCCUUUUUGAUGACUCUGGGGUCCUUUGGAAGCCUGCAGUUGAGUCAGUGAGCUAGUUAAAGUUUUGUGUUUUUCUCCUCAAUCCAUUAGAAUCCCAAAGUUCUAUUACUUGUGAGUUCUGGUCCAUUUUCCUAAUAUACUCCAAGUCCUACUCAUCCUAUGCAAAGUACUUACAAUAUUGUUUUAAAAAAAGUUUUUGGUCUUUUUUCUCAAAGAACAGAAGCAUGUUAGAGUACAAAUUAUAUAGAUUCUUCCAUACUGUAUGUACAUGGUGGUUUAAAUGUGUCCUGUGCCUUUAUUAAUGCUUUAUAAUGUAUAAUAAAAAGGGAAUUUCUCUAAUAA